AUGGCGUUCUCACUCUCCACACUGGCGGCGGGGGUCGUCGCCGCUCUGGUCGUGUACAAAGCGAUCAUCUACCCGGCAUUUGUGUCACCACUGGCCAAGAUCCCUAAUGCGCACUGGAGCGUUCCUAUAUCGCCAGUUUGGAUGCUCUGGAGACGCUUCCGGAUGCAAAACAACCGCACCAUCCAGGCGGCGCAUGAACAGCUGGGUCCGAUUGUCAGGCUCGGACCAGCGGAGAUAUCGAUCAACUGUGUCGAUGGAGGGAUCAAGUCGGUGUACACCGGUGGAUUCGAGAAGCAUGAAUGGUAUCCGCGUGUGUUCGGGUCCUUCGGGACGGUGAGCAUGUUCACCAUGACUGGAAGCAAGACCCAUUCCGUCCGGAAGAGAAUGCUAUCCAACAUAUAUUCCAAAUCCACCUUGCAGUCCUCGCCUCAUCUGCGCAUGGCUUCGAAUGCGGUCGUCUUUGACCGUCUACUGCCACUUCUCCAUGAAACAGCAUCAUCGGACAGCCCCAUUGACGUGCACGAUAUGAACCAAGGAUUGACCAUGGACUUUGUGUCUUCCUACUUGUUCGGUCUGCAAAAUGGAACCAACCACCUCCAAAACCACUCCUAUCGUAAACACUGGCUCCACCUAUACCUGUGUCGCAAGCCGUACGAGUUUUAUCACCAAGAAAUGCCCGACCUGAACGGCUGGAUGAAGUGUAUCGGUCUCCGUGUGAUCCCGAAGUAUUGUGACGAUGCCAAUGAAAUGCUGGAUAACUGGGCUCUGGACCUUUGCGACAGGGCUGAGCAGGCAAUGUCUUCCACGGAGCCAGGUGUCGAGCCCAUUGUCUACAAGCAGCUGAAGCAAAGUCUGGACAAACACUCCUUAAAAGAUCGAGGUCCGAAGCCUGACCCGGCACAGGAAAGACUCGAUAUCGCGUGUGAAAUGUAUGACCAGCUCACUGCGGGCUAUGAAACCAGCGCCGUCGGUCUCACAUUCCUACUCUGGCAGCUAUCCAAGCACCCAGAGACCCAGACCAAGCUCCGCGAAGAACUUUUGACCCUAGAUCCUCCGAUUACAUAUCCGCGGGUCUCGGAACUGCCAUCAGCGAAAUCAAUUGAUAGCCUGCCUCUAUUGGAAGCAAUCAUCACCGAGACAUUGCGACUGCACGCACCGAUCCCCGGUAUCCAGCCACGAGUCACUCCGUCUCCAUCCUGUACCUUGGCCGGGUACAGUGAUAUCCCCGCCGGCACGAGGGUCAAUGCCCAAGCCUAUUCUUUACACCGCAACCCGGAGGUUUUCCCAGACCCCGAGAGCUGGCAGCCUAGACGAUGGUUGAAGGAGGAGAAUUCGUAUGAGGAUCUCGAGGAGAGACGCCGGUGGUUCUGGGCGUUCGGCAGUGGUGGGCGGAUGUGUGUGGGGAGUAAUCUUGCGCUGCAAGAGAUGAAAUUGGUAGCUGCGGCUAUCUACACCAACUUCCGCACGACUAUUGUCGACGACGAGAAUGUGGAGGCGAAUGAUGCGUAUACCGUCAAGCCAAGCUCGGAUAAAUUGAUCUUGAAGUUCCACCCCGUUUGA